AUGUCCACGGUUCCCGGAUCCAAUCUCCAAAACAGCACAGGCGACAAAGCUGAACCUGUGCCUCCUCUGCCUAAAAGCGGCACACGAGGACACAUGUGGAGUGAAGUGUGGAAGUUGUGGCCUUGGCCACAAUUUCCUGCUUUGCUCCUCCAAAAGACCGCAGCCACCCACGAAGCGGCCAUACAAGAAGUAAGCACUCUCGCCAACCGUCAACGCCGUCAUCGUCAUCAACAAGCCACAAGCCGUCAUCAAUGCACCUACACCAAGCCGAACUCUCAAGACACCAUCAGCAAUCCACUAACCCAACGUCAGCCCGCCACCCACGCCACUCCACAAAACUCCGCAACAGUCCAGCCGUACGAAGAAAACCAUUUGUUGAAGUAG